UUCAGUCUCCCUCUAGUUAUAUACUCUCCCCACACCCAUCUUGAAGUUCAGUUCAGAAUCCUUUUUUCUCCACAAUCUUCAAGCUUAGGUCUCGCCAGAUAUGGUUAGUCCUGAGCGUAAUUUCUCCGAUCACCUGCAGAAGGUCUCGCCAAUUCCUUCAGAAUCAGUGAAACCUCAUCUGUCUAGCAACAGUUGGGUCGUUGAAAUCAAAGAAGCCCCACCAGCUUUGAUUCCUAUUGGAAUUGUUAAAGAACCAGCAGCCAAAUUUGAUGCAUUGGUUGAUGAAGAUUCCGGCCGCGAGAAACUAAAGAGACAUAGAGUUGAGGUAGCUGGAAGAGUUUGGAUACCUGAUAGUUGGGGACAUGAAAAGCUUAUGAAGGAUUGGAUUGAUUGUUCUGCUUUUAAUGCUUCAUUAGUUCCGGCAGGACUAUUGUCGGCUCGGCAAGCGUUGAUUGAAGAUAGACGGCGCACAAACUCUAUUGGAUUAAGGAUGAAGGAGACUCCGGUCGGUGAAGCUGUGGUUUCUAGCCCUUCGAGGAGCUGAAAAUUGAUUCGGAAUGAAAAGAAAAAGCGCUAGAGGUUACGAGGUGACUAUGGUAUGCUUAUGGGUAUUGAUCAAAAUAACAAAUUUUUCUUUGUAAUAUUAAAGACAAAAAUUCUUGAGACAGUGUAUAUAUAUCAGCUUAGCAAACGACUCUGUAAGAAUCUUGGUUUUCUUAUGCUGAUGAGUUUUAUUUUGUGAUGAUCUGGUUUUAACUUAACUAACUAUUUGGAUUUCUACUGCAAA